AAUCUCAGCCGCGUCAAGAGCUGCAGCAAGUGCGCGCGGAAACUUUAAUCUCGUUCGUUUUUUUUUUAAUGAGAAAAUGUCACUAUUAAUUCUUUUCGGCGUUUUAUUGCAAUGUUGUGCAUUUGCUGUAUCGGUCUUUUAUGAGCGACUUUUAGAUGAGAAACUGGCAGGCAAUCAUGUGACAGGGGCAACAAAUGUGAUGAACAUGCCAUUAACACCUUCGCCAGAGAAUGUACGGCAAUUUCAAGAAAAUUAUCCUUUCCCUUCGCUCGGAUACAAACCACAAAGAUGUCCUCUAUGCGAUAGUUCGAUUUAUCCUUAUUGCGGCGAGAAAUUGUUCCAUGACGCCUGCUGCUGCACCGAUCAUUACGAUUUACCUUACCAAUGUAAAUUAGCAGACUGUCGAUUCCUGCAUGCCAACAGCUGCAGGGAGCACCGCUUGAUUGCCAACUGCUGUUGCAACGACGAUUAUCGUGCCCUUCUGAAGAGCUUAGUGCAGAAAUAAAACCAUCGUGUAUAUUUAUCAUUUGCAGCAAAAUAAAUAACAAAUCUUAAUCAGUUCACUACUGGUGAUGAUUAUAUAUAUAUAUGAGUGAAAAUAAAGUGCCUUAUCUGGUAAUGACUCACACAUGACUAUUUAAAAUAGAUUUGUCAUCAGUGGCUUAAAAAUACCCCUUA